UAGAAUGUAUAAAGCUUAGUGUCCUUUCCAUUAGGUAAACAAGGAAGUGGGCGGGGCUUGUGAACAAAUAAUUGACAACUGAGGAACUCGUGACCGGCCAGCUGAGAGGGGAGAGCUGGAGGAGGAGGAGUGUGCACUCAGGUCAGGAGAAGCCAUUCAGCCAUGGAAGUGACACUAAAGCCAAAGUCUACAGUACUCGCCAUCUUCCUAUUCCAGUUAUUAGUAUUCUGCGGUGCUCAGAGUCCCCCUUUACUGGUGCGGUUAGAUGCCGGUCCAAGGAUUUCUAUUCCAGAGGUUGUUACCAUAGAAAAUGGAAGCUUGAAAAACCUAAGCCUUACUGUAAACACCCCAUUGAAUGAAACAGCUCUCUUUACUUUCAACAUUACAUACUCUUCAAAGAACACAACAAUUGUCCAUCUUCCAGCAGAAAUUAUUUUGUUAGCUAAUUCGGAUCAUUCUGUUUUUAACGUAAGCGCAGAAGACGUGGGGCAGGUGACCGCUUAUCUGCAAAGCAGCAACUCUCACAGCAAUAGGCCAAGAAUUCGGUUCCUUGUGAUCCACAGCCAAGCAGUGGAGGUGAUCGGGCAGAUCAUUGGCUGGAUUUAUUUCUUUGCUUGGUCUGUGUCUUUCUAUCCGCAAGUUUUUGAGAACUGGAGAAGGAAAAGUGUCGUGGGCCUGAGUUUUGACUUCUUGGCAUUAAAUCUGACGGGCUUUAUUGCAUAUAGCGUCUUCAACGUGGGUCUCUUCUGGAUCCCAUUUAUUAGGGAACAGUUUCUUCAGGUCUACCCCAAUGGUGUGAUCCCAGUGGAUGCCAAUGAUGUGUUUUUUAGCUUACAUGCGGUGCUCCUAACGCUUGUUACAAUAAUUCAGUGCUGUAUUUAUGAGCGAGGUGCCCAGAAGGUCUCUAAAGUGGCCGUGGGUGUUCUGAUCAUUGCCUGGCUCUUCGCCUUCUCCGUGCUAUUUGUGGCCGUGGCUGGGAAAGUGAGCUGGCUCCAGUUCCUAUUCUGCUUCUCCUACAUAAAGCUCGCCAUUACAUUGAUGAAAUACUUUCCACAGGCCUACAUGAAUUUCCAUCGGAAAAGCACGGAGGGCUGGAGCAUUGGAAAUGUGCUGCUUGAUUUUACAGGGGGCAGCUUUAGUAUCAUCCAGAUGUUUAUACAGUCUUAUAAUAAUGAUGAAUGGAAGUUAAUAUUCGGUGACCCCACAAAGUUUGGUUUGGGCCUUUUCUCCAUUAUUUUUGACAUUGUAUUUAUAAUUCAGCACUACUGCUUGUAUAGAAAGACUCAAGGAUAUCAGAAUGUUCAACUUUACUGGACACCAGAGUGAAAAAAAAAACCAAAAAACACUUUAAACAUGUGUUUUCAAACAUAUAGUAAAAAAACGUGUGUGACAGUGUAAAGGAUCCAACAACUGCACAGAUCCCCUGGGACAUACAUGGGGUGAAUAGAAUGUCGUAUGGAUGUAUUUACAUAUUUCCAGUUUUCUUUUGGUAUAUGCAAAAGGCAAAGCUCCUGAUUUACGCCCCAAAUGUUUCCACCCAGUGGAUACCAGAAAAAGGAGCUUUUAUUUUUUUUGUACUCACCAUAAAAUCUUUCUCGUAGCCUUCGUUGGUGGACACCAACCUCCAACAUGCCUAUUAAUACUGAUAUUACCAGCCUUCCUUGGUAAAAUUACGUAUACUGCAGGUUAUACAUUUUACUAGAUGCCUCAAUAUGAAAUAGCGUGGUUUAUUUUGCAAUACUGUUCAUCUGAAAUAAAUGUAUAUUAGUAAAUAAACACUUUAAGCAUGUGCUGUGUGGAGGGGUUUUUCUCCAACAUGCCUAUUAAUACUGAUAUUACCAGCCUUCCUUGGUAAAAUUACGUAUACUGCAGGGUAUACAUUUUACUACAUUCCUCAAUAUGAAAUAGUGUGUUUGCAAUCCUGUUCAUCUGAAAUAAAUGUAUAUUAGUAAAGAGACACUUUCUCAGAUGUUUUUCAUUGGGGGACACCUUACGGAUGGGCAUAUGCUCAUGCCACUAGGAGGCGCUGACACUAAGGGAAAAAAAAGUCUGCUCCUCCCUGGCAGGAUAUACCGGCCCACUGGAAGUGAGGUAAUCAGUUUUGUCACAAAGCAGUAGGAGAAGCCAACAAAGAAAUACGUCCGGAGAAGCCAACAAAGAAAUACGUCCGAAGAACCCCAGAAAAGAAUCCCGGACAAAAAAACAAAGAACCAGAAAUGGGUGGGUGCGGUGUCCCCCAAUGAAGGCUUUGAGAAAGAGAUUUUCUGGUGAGUACCAAAAAAAAAAAUUUCCUUUUCACGGUUGCUCUUCAUUAGGGGACACCUUACUGAUGGGAUGUACCAAAGCAGUCCUCAAGUGUGUGAAGAACAAUCACCAGAGAAAGGGAAACAGUCCAGAGACUGAACCCACUCGACCAUAGGGUCUGUGGACGAGACCCUGGGCCAGAGACAACCAAGGCCCAGAAAAGAUCCCCCGUCCAUGGAGAUGGACUAGGAUGCCAAAGGAAGGGACAGUCCAUUGUAGAUACUCUCAACUUACGGUCCAAAAAUAGACAAGAAAAUGUCGACCAUGAAGCCAGAUGUUCCGGAAGCAUCCUAGAUGGAGGUAGGAACUAGACAUAGGGCUACUGGAAAAACAAAAAAUGGAAAAGGGCACAAGAAGAAAACCGGGUGGAAAACGCUCCAAGGCAGCGUACGCCCGAGCAGAAGGCGGGGACCAGAAAACCACUUGAAAAAAGAACAGAGACUGAAACUGGCCCUAGGGUGGCCUGGUACAGAAAAACGAUGACCUGACCAGCUGCAGACCCAAAACCCCUCUCCCAGGGGCCCAUCUGAAAAGGAGCAUCCCGGAACACUGGAGUGGCCGACAAGUGAAAUGGAGGGUCCUGAGACCCCUGGGAGACUUACACCUUGAGAGUAAGUAAACCCAAUGUCCUUUGAAAUGCUCCGGGUGACCAAAUGUCAUGUUGAGACAAGAGUAAGUGUGACACAGAAAGACCGCCUCACAAAUGGGCUUGCGGAGAAGUCUGGGCAGGAUUGCCACACAUGCCCCAGACCUCAAGCACCACUAAGGCCCGAACAAUCAGGAGGGCUGACCUAGAGAAGAAGGCAAGCCACAGCAACCAAGGAUAGAAUCCAUGACAAAUAGACCAACCAGCCUUGGACACCAAUGGUCCAAGUGGAGCAGAGCACUCCGAAGCCACAUUCCGUCAGGGCAGGAACAGAUGGAGAAACAAAAAGGAACCCAGCUGGAACUCCCAGGUCCUGAGCACAUGAAGGUUACUCCAGAAGACUGAAGUGUCAGUGUAGCGCAACUGACACUGUCAAGAAAAGGAUGAACACACCCUUCUAUGGAGGAGGAAAGCAAAGGCAGGACCCAACAACAGGGUGUGGCAUGUCCGGCUGUCGCUGAGCCCUAUAAGAAUGCAUAAAGUCCUCCAACAGAGGAGAGUGCCAAGGCUGUGUGAGCAGCAGUGCUCAGAGAAAUAGGCCUCCAGGGGAGGGGAAAACAAGGAGUGGUCGAGAUGAGACUCAUGCACUGACCAUGCCCAGCUCCCUGAUCCCCGUACCCCCAUGCAGAAAGGGGAUCAUCAAAGUGUGCCAGGUACUGUAGGAGCAGGGAAAUGCUGCUCAACGGCAACAAAGUACUGUGUGGCUAAGACCCCAGGAACCCCGCGACAACAUAUCGAGGCAUGAGGGAGCCAAUUAGUGGCCCCAGAGGGAUUGAAACCCUUGACACAGGUUCUGGGCAAGAAGAAAGAAGAGGCUACGUAAAGUAGAAAGAAGCACAAAACGUGACCAAUGGCUUCGAAAGGAACGCCCCAUCAUGGUGAGACCCUGGACCAAGUGGGCACAACGGAGCCAUCCUGGUCGACUUCUAAGACAAGAGAGCAAACGCCUGAGCCACCCUGCACAGGAACCCACGAAGAUACCUGGAGCCAUAGGUGGCAGAUCUGUGGAAAAGAGAUCACAGGAAGGCUGGACUCCACACGUGCAGAGUGGCUGUAGACUACAUAGGGACACUGACAUGGUUACCCCCACAACAGUAGUGGGGUACGAAGACUGUAGAUGCGAAAGAAACCGCAGAUUACCAAAAGUCUGGCAGUGCGUAAGACCGACGCGGCAACCAACUGUGUGGUGCAACCAUUUCCCCUCAGACCAACGUUGUGCCCCAGAAAGGGGAACAGAGAGUGCUGCUGUUGCUGGAAAAAAUCCAGGGAACCUGCAGAAGAUGCCCACACCCCAUCUCCUAAUGGUGCCUCACACCAGGAUUGCUUUUGCAGAUGCAAGAGAGGAAGGAUGUAUGUGGGGCAGGAAAAAUGCAGACACAGUCUGACUUACAGAUAUAAAAGUUCCAAUAAACCCACAGACACACGUUUUCGAACUUCACAUGGAAAGAGAGUCUCCAGACUGCAGCUGUGUAGUGGCAGGAAAAGGGUUACCUGGUGGAUUUCAAAACCAUGCAGACAGUCUGGCUAUCUGGCAUAGGGACCAUGGCCACACCAGGUCCCGCAAUCAGAACUACACACUGAAAGAGAGUUACCAGCCAUAAGCCGAUAGAGCGGCAGGUAUGUAGAGAGGGACCUGGUAAAGUAGGGAACCCUGUGGACCAGUAUGUGUGGUGCAUAGUAUAGAGCCCACGGAGCAACAUGGGGUGACUCACUCGGAUCUUCACCUAGGCAGUGGGUUACCUGAACUUCCGAUCACGGUGUGGGUAGUUUAUGGUAGUUGACCCAGACAACCGCCUGGCUGACUGGUAAAAGAUUCCUGAACGCACAGGGUCACUCCAUCGAACCCACCCACAGAACGUGCUGUACUGGAGUGUGGCCGAUCUAGCGAGCGACCUGGCGGUGUAAGAGAGUCGGCAGACUAAAGUCAGGCUGACUGGCAUCAGACCCGUGUACCUGCAGAUCCCUCACACCAGAAGUGCGGUAUGGGAAAUCUGUCCAUGCCCGCGGCAGCCCUGAGACUGGAAACAGACUGUGGAGAAAAGCGUGCAGACAACAACCUGGCUGAAGAAGUACACCUCCAGGCGAUGGUGAAAAGGGGAGGAAAGCCAGAUAUGUGAACACUGCGUGCCCCUCUGUUGUAUGUGGGAGGGAGGGGAGGCCUAGGAGCCAUGCAUAGUAUCCCCAGCACCCUGGGAGAUCGGGGGAGGCUGAGGAGCUGUGAAUUUUAUCCCCUUCACCCCGCAUAGAGUCCAUAUGACAAGUUGGGGCACUCUUCGUACACCUCGCACAGCAGUGGGGAACCGGAACUCCAGUCGCAAAUUCUACAGCCGUGUGAUGAGUGACCGGCAGUGGAGGAAACCAUGCAGACCACUGUCUGGCUUACAGGUAUGGGCCCAUAGUAUACAAGGAGACACUCCUGCGGAUACCUCUCACUAGCAGAAACGGAAUGCCAGGCGCGGACGCGGCAGCUGUGAGAUAUGAGACAGGCAAAACUAUUGUGCAGCAUAUCAAUAUCCGGUCCAAUCCAUGCUCAUGCAGGGACCCUGCCAUGGAGACCUUGCACUGGACGUGAGGAUAUGGAGUACAUGCCAGAGAUGCGGCAGCCUGUGGAGGAGAGAAUCAUAUAGUAUGACACGCCAAGAACGCUCCCUUGAUGGGUGGCCAGCGGACCUGACAGAGGGGGAAACUCAAAGGCGUCCUUAGCGUCCACCAGGAAGGAAAAAGCCCUUGCAAAGGCACCCGACCAGUUGCUUGCCUCGGUAAGGAGGGACAGGAAUUAGGCCAAGCACACAAUGGACAUGGUAUGGCACUCAGUGGUAGGGGAGAACAGUCACUGAAAAUAACCCUGGUAGAUUCCAAGGGGAAUCCCUGGCAGCAGCCCGCCACUGCUGUUCGCAUAUGCUCUGACAGUGAGAACCCUGCAGAAAUUGGUACCCCAGAGGCAUACAUCAACUGACUCAAUGUAAAUUGUUCAUAGUAGGUCACCAAACAGGAUGACUGAGGCAAAUCAAGCGGCCCCCAAUACAGUCCCUAGAAAAGGGACCCUGCAGAUAUUAAACUGAUAAAAACAGAUGACAGACCAAGGCAGUGGUGGUUGUCACAAGGGGAAGUUAAGAAAAAAAUAAUGGAAAUCAGAGGCAAUAUACAAAAUUGCCCACACCAAAUGGUCAAGUGAUUUUUUUUUUUUUUUUUAAACUUAAGUAGGCUAAGGAUAGCCGGUGACACCUCAUGACCCCUAGGAGUCGUACUGUAGGAAGGAGAAGGGCAGAGCUAUGGUGAUACCAGGCUAAGGUAGCUGGCCGAGCAGGGAGCAUAGGGGACCCGGACCCAAGGUGGUACCCCUGGCGCUGGCCGUUGGCCAUAAGGGGUUUACAGCCCAUACUACUCUUUAUGUUCUGUGCCCCUUUGUCGCAUAUGGGGGAACAGGUUGCGCCAUAUUCCUGAAGCCCCACCUGAAAAUGAGAAACAAAAGGGAGGAAAAAACCUAACUAAACAGCCUUUACUAGAAAAUAAUAAAAGACCAGGUCUGGAAAACUCCAGACCUGUCUUCCCUCCUACUGACACUAAGAUAAACUGAUUACCUCGCUUCCAGUGGGCCGGUAUAUCCUGCCAGGGAGGAGCAGACUUUUUUCCUUUAGUGUCAGCGCCUCCUAGUGGAAAGAGCAUAUACCCAUCAGUAAGGUGUCCCCCAAUGACUAAUAUAUACGUUUAUUUCAGAUGCAAAGGAUUGCAAAAUAAACCAUGCUAUUUCACAUUGAGGCAUCUAGUAAAAUAUAUACCCUGCAGUAUACAUAAUUUUUCCAAGGAAGGCUGAUAAUAUUAGAAUUAAUAGGCAUGUUGGAGGUAUAAGCCCCAAAAAAGGUCCCACUAUAUAACUGAAAAUACUUGGGGAACAAAUGAAACUUUUUCUGGUAUCAUGAUUUUUUUUUUUUUUUUUUUUAAGCACCUGUUUUAUGGUACACUGUCCUUGUGAUAGUUUUGCACCAGGAGAACAGAAAACACUGUACAGGUUUUGAUAAAUCUCCCCCAUUGUAGAGGCAAAGUUGCCCAUAGCAACCAAUCGGAUUGCUUUUUUAAUUUAAUUUUUCAGAUGCUUUAAGAAUGUAAGAAGCGAGCUGAUUGGUUGCUUUGGGCAACUUUGCCUCUGCAUAGGUUUUGAUAAAUCUCCCCCAAUGUGCACAGAGGUCUGCUAUAGUUCUUGCUUAAGAAAGCCACACUCAAGUGGCAAAACAUGUAGAAAGUGGCUGCGUAUAGUUAUCAAUCCCAAUGUAUUCUAAAUCAUAGUGUACAAAUAAUACAUAAGUUAGUGUGGAGUGUACUAGCUGUGCAUUCUGCAGAUGCAUUGGCAUCAUUGAGGUGUGCACAAAGUGUAUUAUAGAAGAGCUGAACAUCGGCUUAGUACCGUGUAGAACCCUCACUAGAAACCCUAACAAAUUGUGCUUAUAUUAGGAAGCACUUCUUAGGCCUCGUUCACAUUGCCAUUGGACUCCGCUAUUUGGAGUUCUGUCGACAAUCCAGCCAGGACGACAGGAGUUUAGCGGAGAAAAAAAAAUUGUGCAAGCACUAUUUAUUUUCUCCACUAAAAUCCUGUAAAAUUACCAGGUCACAGACUGACCCCAUGCAAGUGAAUGAGGUCAGUCAUGACCGGGUAGUAGCCAUUUGCAUCCAACCAGUUUAAGGGUCCAGGGGGGGAAAAAAGCUGAUUGCAUCCAAACCAUUAAAGGUCCAAACGGCCUUGUGAACCUAGCCUAACAGAUUCUAUUCCUGUGUACUCCCCGUUAAGUUUAUAAUUAAUUGAAUAUUGCACUCUAGGGUUGUGAUUUUAACUUUAUCUACAUUGUUUUUCAGUUUUAAUAGCCCCAUAAAAGCUAUGUUUUAAUUGAUUAGGUAAUAUAGGGUUGCAGUGAAAGCCGGCAUUUGUAGUAAUAAUCAGUUUAAGGGUCUAUUCACACGUACAGUAUCCUGCACAUGUUUGACACUGCAGAUUUCAAUGUAAAUGAACAAAGCUUCAAAUCUCAGGAUACUGUACAUGUGAGUACAUUCUAAAACAGCUGGAAAAAAUAUUUAGCGCAUUGCAAACUUUUCCCUUUGCUAAAAUUUCUGAAAGCGUGCGUCACCUAAAGAAAAACAAAAAAUGAAACUGCCGGGGAAUGGCUGAAAACACAAUCCUACAAUCCUUUACCAGACUUUUCUUUUAUCCCCCUGACUGAAUAGAUCCCUCAUCUUUCAUUUUCUGGGUUGACACUUUUUUUAGUAGGUUUACAUUUUUUUCUUGAUGUAUAACUUGUAUGUUUUUAUACUUGAAAAUGAUAGAUGUUAGUGCAAAGUAUUUGGCUGUUACUAGAAUAAAAAAUGACGGUAAAUCUGCACUUUUAGAAGGGAACAAAGCAAUAUUCUGAGACUGUUGAGGUAAAAUCAAAUACCUUUUGUGGCUACCAAAGUGUAAAUUUCAUUGCCAAAUCCUUUUAUAGACCUGAUUACAACCAAAGUGUUUUUGAAAAUGGUUUAAAUUACCAGUAUGUGAAUGUUAUAAUUCAAUAAAUAUAUCUGCC